GUUUGGCGAACAUGAUUGGACGCGAGGUCGUGACGUGCCGCCAGCCGGCCAAUAGCGUGUUAGGAGCGCUUUUCGAAGUAGCACUGGACAGAUCGUUGGUGAGGUGAUCUUGGAGGAUCGGUGCCCGCAUCCCGCCGGCGGCUCAGACAGCCUCACUCCGGGUCAGUAUGCCGUGUCUGCGAAACGGUAUAUCGGGAAAAGGGAGUUAUAUUGUGCUGUCUGCACUGCAUGGUCACGUGUUACCUGUACCUCUGGCUCUCAUAGGGUUACAGCAGGAAUGCCAGUGUCCCCUGAGGGCAGGGGGCCAUAGGGGGGGGGAGACACACACACACACACACACACACACACGUCACUAUGGAGGGCCCUGCCUGUUAUUGUAUGUUUAACUCCAGAGUUUUACUCAGAGAAACACUCCAAGCACCAUAACCACCACAGUUAGUGAUAACCCGAUGGUGGGAUGCAAGACCACAGGUAACUAGUCAAACUGUACUAAAAUGGCUUACUACGGCGGUUACCAAACUGUGUGCCGCGGUGCCCCAGUAUGUUUCCCGAUUGCUAUCAUUAUAGCACCGGGGAAACAUUACUGCUCAACAGGGACCCGGUUGAGUGCUGCAGUCCUUUAAGACCGCAAUCGGACCCCUGUAAUGCUGGGAGGAAGUGACAGCUUGUCACUUCCUCCCAGCGUCAUGCAGAGAGACGGCGUGUGAGGGGAGAGGAGCACGAACAGGACACAAGCCACUCUCCUGGACACACAAGGUAAGCUAACAUGAGGGUGGCUGGAGAUAUAAAAAAAAAAAAAAAACACGUGUGUAUAUAUAUAUAUAUAUAUAUAUCAGUGUGCUUCUGUGUCAUGGUGUGUGUACACAUCUGUGUAUGUGCCAGUGUGUGUAUCUGUGUCAUGGUGUGGGCAUGUAUCAAUGUUUGUGUAUGUCAGUGUAUGUGUCAGUGUAAUUAUUUGCAUCUGUGUGUUAAUGUGCAUGAAAAUCUGUGUAUGUAUGUAACACCAGCACAACAUACAAGCACACUCCUGCAAUCUAACACAAAUAUUACAUACAAACACACCCCUGCAUUCAAGCUCAAAAAAUAUUUAUAAACAAACACAGCCCUUCACUCAAAUACUUCACACAAAUGUACACCCACGUUUAAAAGUGAACAUUACGUGCAAACACACCCCUGUAUUAAAACACAAUAAAUGUAUACAAGCAUCCCUUUAAACACCAACACUGUACAUUACACUAUAGCACCAGUAAAUGCCGCAUUGCUGUACAGAUAUACAACCUUGACUUGGGGUGCCUUGGAAAAAUACUGAAAUAUUAAGGGCACCUUGAACCUAAAAGGUUUGGGAACCACUGGUUUACUAUCUUACUGUGUGAAGGCGCCAGGUUAAAGCAGCUGUGGUGGUGAUGUUGGUUGGAGUGUUCCUUUAAGGAAGAACUUUAUGGUCUUCAACUUUAGCACAACCUAACAGUUUAUUCGUAUUCACUACAGGUUAAUAACGUUAUUCUAAAAUUCUCCAUAUUUUUUUUUUCUUCAUGAUUUGCUAGACAAUAUAUGUAGAUUAGUUUACAGACCACAAUACUUGCAUGCAAUACACAAAAAAUCAAAAAUUGGACUUUCUGUAGCUGUCCAAUCACAGACUUCCAAAUUCAGCUCAAUGAGACGUCUUUGCAAGACAUGUUCUCUGAGUAGUUGCCUACUUCUUGAUUUUUAGCGCCACUGAGCGAAACACAAGGAAGUAAAAGGACUGGUGGUCUAAUAAAUCGCCACGGGGGUGUAAUAAGGUUAAUUUAUAAAAGUGCCAAUUUCAAUUGAAAUGUGCAUUUAUUUUUUUAAAUGAAAAAAUACGCUUUUCAAACUUAAAGCAGCUGCUGAAUUUCUUUAGGGGUCUGGAGUGUCCCUUUAGUUUAGGAGAACUGUUAGAAGCUCCUAGGCAGGAUAUUCUGGCUGCUGGGAGGAGGCUUUGGAUUGAUGCUGGCGGGACCUUGGGUUAGAAGUCAAACUGUUAUAAAACUUAGAUUACUGAUGUGCGGGGAGGUGGUGCUCCUGGCAUAAUAUGCAUAUUUUGUUUGGAAUGUUCCUUUAAGAGGUUUGUUAAUUUGAAAUUAGUUUUUUUUUAAUGUUUUCUAUAGUAUCUCAAAGCCCAGUUGUCGAAUGAGAAGAAUACAACUUCCUACAUUUUAAUUAGAUUUUUUGUGUGUAACUGGAUUGCUAAGAUCUACAUUUGCUCUUUUGGGGGGGGGGGGGGUUGUUGUGUGUCGUCGUCGUACAAAAUCAAAAACAAAACCAUGGUUUUUCAAACAAAUACAAGGCUUGGAACAAAAGCCAAUUUUGGAAUAUAUUAACAAAAACCUGUAAGAUCAACUGAUCAUUGCACUGCAAAAAAUACAGUACAGUGGAUUUUAAGCUGAUAAAUAUUUUAGGAAUGCCCCCUAGCUUUCAUACUUUGAUGUUUAUUUUUUUUCUUCUAGGUUGAAGAACCAAAGUGAAAUUAAACCUGGAGAAACUUACUCUGAUAAAACACAGGGUGCCAGUUGGAAAAGACCAUUUUCAUUUGGAUCAGAUGCAUGAUGUAGUGUUAAGACACCAGCAAUCUACCAAAGCUGCAUGCUGAGCAGCCUCUUUCCACAGGAAAGGAAGCAUGUAAAAGGAGGAUAAUUGACCCAACCUGCUCCGCCUCAUCUGUAGCCAGGAAAUCCAGUGGACUAAAAGAGAAACUAGGAAAACAGACUAAUAGUUAUUUUUCAGAUUUUGGUGGGAAAUUAAUGAUGGAUCUCCGCUCAAAAGAGGAUGGCUUUAAAGAAAAUGAGAACUAUCCGCAUAGCAUAAAAAAGGAAAUGGAGUCCAAAACUAGACUUUCAUCCUCUGUAGAGGUGGGCACUUUUUCUGUGCCUUUCGUAACUGAAGAAGGCAAUACCCUUUCUAAACUAAGAGAAAUCUCUAAAUCAGCACAAGCUUACUUCACAGACAAUGCUACGUCAAGUUCAGUACUUGAGUUUUCUGAAGGUAUGUCGAGCAACAAUAUGAAAUAUUUUAGUACUCCAAUGGCAUCAAAAGCUCAGCGAAAGAAAAAGCUAACACCAGUCAUGGAAGUAGAGUUAGAGUCCAGUGAGCAUUUGAGUCCAGAAAGGACAUCUAGGAUGGAUAAGCUACAAAACAAUAUCAAGUUUGACACUGUGAUAAGUGACAGCCCAGUACAGCCACCAUUGUACAGAAGUUUCUUUGCAACAGAGUGCCAGGAAAUUGUCAGUCAGCUAGAAGGUACAGAAACUGAGCGAAAAAGUCCAGGUAAAAGAAAGCUAGAUGAACUUGAUGUUUCCACAAUUGAUGCAGAGCCUCCACCUUAUGAUUGUACACCAAUGAAAUCUAUGUUGGCUUGUGAAGUAGCCAAUAUGAUCUCUUCCCUAGAAAGCAGCCCAAACAGGGGUGGAGAGUCUAUGUUUGGUGAAAGUCUUUUGGAUCUGGAAAAAGUAGACAUGCAGCUCCAUCAUUUUACUUUGAAGGAGGACUUAAAGUAUGGCCAUAGUGGUAAUAUUUGGGAAGACUGUACUGCUGAUGGAAUGUUUUAUCUUGGUUAUGAUGCAGAUGUUGAGGUUUGUAAUAAGAAGAGACAAAAACUGGAGCAUGUGUGUGAGGAUAACCAUCAAACUUUGCACUCCCCCAGUCCAAAAAUAAACCCUGUUGAAUUUAACCGGAUAUGUGAAUCACCAGUGUAUAAAAAAGGCAAAGAGUCUGAGGAAAAUAUAAAGAUGGUCACAUUUCCAAGCAAUUUCUUAGCAGACAAAGUACAGUUUGAGACCAUGAGUAUGACGUUGACAUUGGAAAGUCCACAAAAAAUAUUUCCUGAGAAGAAUACUUGCACUUCAUCCAAAGCAGUGAUGUUUCUUCAGUCAUCCUGUGAGACCAAACUAAUGUGUGGUGGUCCUGCUGCAGCUAAUACAACUCAAGUGAUGGAAUCUCCUAAAUCCACCAUAGACACCACCAAAGACCUAACAUCAAUGCAAGAAGAGGUGACUGCAGCUUUUUCAACAAUUGAUGCUGAUCCUAAACCAUCUGAUCUCUUCCACAACACUACAGACAUAACUGAACAAACUGGUGCUACCAACCUCACCCACAUUAUUGAAUGUGUGCCCAGUCCAUCUGCUGGUCCAAUGAAGGACAAUGUAUUACAGCAUGUAGACAGUGCCAUUUACACUCAACUUAAGUCUGCCAACUUUACGCACGACAUGGCAGAAAUGCACUGUGUAAUCACUGCAGCCAAGCCCACUUUGAUGGUUGGCUGUGUGACAAACACAUCUGCCAUUGUGACACAAGAUAUUGCAUCUGUCCACAAUGAAGUUACUGCAGAAGACAGAUGUCAGACAGUUAAAUCUGCACUCAGGGUUUCUCCCAACGUUACUCAGGAGAUUGAAACGCUGAGCUGUGAGACUGCAGCAGCCACCAGCACACAUGUGAUUGAGUCUAUGCUUGGAGAUCCUAUAAAUACUACACAUGAGAUUAUUCCAGUGCAUUCUGCGUUUGCAGCCAACACCACACAAUUAAAUGAAGAAGUGCCUAAAUCCUACUGCAAUAGCACACAGGACAUUGUACUAUCACCUGCUGAACAAUCCAUUGCCAAUGCCACGCUGGACAUUCUGUUGAUGCAAAAUGAGGUCACGACCGCAAGCCCCUAUCUAGUGAAUGCUGCAAUGCAAAUAAUGCCGGUGCUUUCUGAGCAUUCUUUAGCCAAUACCACUCAGGUUAUUGAAGAUGCAGCAAAAUUGUCUGCCAGUAGUAUGCAGAAUGUUGUGUGUGGCCAUGAGGCAAAUUCUGCUGCUAGUACCACUCAAGACAUUGCAUGGGUGCAUGAGGAAAUGUCUGCUGCUAGUACCACCCAAGAUGUUGUGUUAGAGCAUGAGGGAAAUUCUGCUGCCGCUACCACUCCUGGUAUUGCACUAGUGCAUGAGAGCAAUGCAGCUGCCAGUACCACCCAAGAUGUUGUGUUAGAGCAUGAGGGAAAUUCUGCUGCCGUUACCACUCCUGGUAUUACACUAGUGCAAAAGAGCAAUGCAGCUGCCUCUACACCCAAGGGUAACGCAUUGGUACACAGUGAAAAUUCUACUCCCUCAACCAUGAAUACUGCAUUACUGGUUAAUAAAGACUCUACUGCCCAGAAUACUGAAUUAGUGUGUGAGGGAAAAGCUGCUGCAAUUACCACCCAUGACGUUGCAUUACUGGAUGAAAAAAACUCUGCCUGUAAUGCACUGGAUGUUGUAGCAGCACCUGAGAGAAACUAUUCUUCCGAAGCCACCAAGGACAUUGUAGCUGAAAGGGUUCAGUCUCUUUUACCUUUAAAGGAAGGGAGUCCAAUUGCCCAAGAAAUUACUUCAAUCACAGAAAAUGCUAUUGUCUAUCCAGUGCAAACCACAGAACUCAUUGUUGACUCUACAGUCCCCACAAAUGAUGGUUAUUUAACGGACCACAUGCUAAAGGUGCCACCAGACCAGUCACUUGGGAUUUGUAACGCGCAGAUGCCUGUGGAAAACCAGUUGCAGACGAACACUUUAACAGAGAGUAUGGAAGAAAUCUGUACAGGUCAGGCUGCAGUCGCAGAUGAAAAACUUAUAGAAGCAGAUGAGACAUGCAGUAAGACGUGUGCUGUGUCUUGUUCUGCUGAUAUCAUAAGCAUUGCCAGUGAGCGAGAACUAAUGAGUGAACCCAUAACAUGUGAUAUCCAGGAGGCAGAAAAUGCCCAUGACGAAAGUGUUUUUUCUGUUGGUUCACUCUCUUUUGUGACGUCUACACCUGUUCCAGGAUUAACCAAUUUUCAUUUCAAGAAUCCAUGCAAAGACUCUGUACCGCAUGAACCCAACCUAUCCUUCUGCUCAGUUGCAGAUGAGCCAACAGAUAAGGCCCAUGUGCCUCAAAAGAUACCAACACCGCAAGAUUCACUUGGAAUACAGUCCACAGCUGGGAAUACCCAAGUAAAAAAAGAUAUUCCCAGAGGUACUCUGCUUUUCCGUGGAACCCAAAGAAAUCUCUCUCAAAAGGAAGAAUCAUCUAAGCUACAGCAACCAAUGUCUGGUAUCCCUUCUGCACGGCGCUCUCUAGCACUGAACACUGGUCCUUUAACCCAGAAAUUAACAAAAGAGACAGUUGUCCUUCAGAAUCUCCCAAAAGCUCAAGCAAUCCAUGCAAGAGGGGGUUUGAGACCACCACUAAACCGAAAUAGUUUACUUCGUCCCAGCAUUGGAAACCAUAAGCAAGACAUAGGUCUAAGCUCUUCCAAUAUCCUACAGAACAAGGCUUCAGGAAGUCGUCUAAAGACUACGACUGCUACCCCAAAGGUAUGCAAAACCCAAUCCAGGGCUAGGCAACUUAUGGCACUCCAGAUGUGGAUUACAUCUAUAAUGCUCUUACUAGGGAUCGACCGAUUAUCGGCUGAUAUUCGGUAUUUUCGGCAAUAUCGGUAUCAACCUGUAGAGAAGCCGAUAAUAUAUACCAGGACCGCUGGGCCCAUGACAGGGCCUGCAUCAAGCUCUUACUUACCUUCCCUUCAGCUCCCCUGUGUAAAUCUCGCGAGUCCUGCGGCCGUCAGAGCGGUGCAACGGGUUACCAUGGCAGCGCUCCACGCGGCACACAGGCCGUGAGAUUUAGACAAGGGAGCUGCUGGGAAGGUAAGUAAGAGCUUGCUGUGGGUCCCCACUGCACAGUCCAUGCCACUGGACCACCAGGGAAUGCCAUAUCCCCCCUCCCUGGCCAAGUAAGAAGCAGGGAAUGGGGACUAAAAAAAAAAGUUAAAAUAAAAAAUGCUCCUUCCCCCACCACCCCACCCCCAUUUUACACAAAUUACAUGCCUACAGAAACACACACACACUCUGCAUUAUAUACACACACUACACAACACACACACACUCUGCAUUCAUUAUAUACACACUGCACACACACUGCAUUCACUUUACGCACACUACACAAACACACACUGCAUUCAUUAUAUACACACUACACAAACACACAUUGCAUUCAUUAUAUACACACUACACAAACACUGCAUUCACUAUAUACACACUACACAAACACUCACUGCAUUCACUACAUACACACUACACAAACACUCACUGCAUUCACUAUAUACACACUACACAAACACUCACUGCAUUCACUAUAUACACACUACACAAACACUCACUGCAUUCACUAUAUACACACUACACAAACACUCACUGCAUUCACUAUAUACACACUACACAAACACACACUGCAUUCAUUAUAUACACACUACACACUCACUGCAUUCACUAUAUACACACUACACAAACACUCACUGCAUUCACUAUAUACACACUACACAAACACACACAGCUUCCCUGUCUAAACACACUGCAUUCACUACAUGUGGCAUGUAUAUUUUGUUAAUUUACCUUUAGAAAUAGUUUGUUUUUUCAAAAUGGUAAAUGUACAGAAUAUCGGUAAGUUAUCGGCUAUCAGCCUGAAAGUUCACACAGUAUCGAUAUCGGCUCUAAAAAAUCAAUAUCAGUCGAUCCCUUGCUCUUACAGCCAUAAUGCUGGCAAAGCACCAGGGGAGAUGGUCUACAACAUCUGGAGUCCCAAAGGUUACCUAUCCCUAACCUUGAUGGCUGUCAGGUACAAAUUACAUUUGAAAUAAAUCAUUUUGCUUUAAUGUAUUAUUUCUCAAUACAUACAUGUCUUUUGCUGCAUCACUGUUAUGCAUUUAAUACAUGAAAAAUGUAUGAGUAAAAAUAGAGUAUGAUAUAUUCACAAUACACUGCAAAAAAAAAAAGAUGCCAUAAUGUUGUUUUGUUUUUGAGUUGCAUCUUUUAGCUCUGCAAGCCAGAGUAGGAAACUGCAGUCCAUAAAAGGCUCAGCAGGAAGCCCCAGUAUAUUUUUUGGUGGUAGCCAUUCUUUUGUGGAUUUUGUAGUUGCAUUUCUACGUAUACUGUGUAAUAUUCAAUCUGUAUUUCUGCUUUGAUGUCUUUACUAGUGUUUUCGUGUUGGUUUUUAUUUUUUUCUCUGCUGUGCAGAUGAAAUGUAAUACAACAAAUUCCUUGCCUAAUGUUGCCUCCUCGGUCAGACCUCCUUCUCGAAUUGGCAGUGGUCUGCUUCCUGUGGGUGGGCAAAGCAACAGUACCAAUCUACCACAAUCUACAAGUGGCACUAUGAGUUCUACUGUACAGCCACCUGCACCUACUGGUGAGAAAUUGCAGAUGCCAAACCCUGUAGACUUAAUGUACAUAUUUUUUUUUUUUUAUAUAUAUAUGAUUCUCUUCUUCUAGUAAACAUGCACAGCCAGUAUUGUAUUGUUACCAACUGAAGAAACACAAUGUAUGAUGUUACAUAUAGAUCCAUGGGUCCUACUUUUUAUAUAAGUACAACCAUGACUUUUUUUGUUCAAAUUGAAGACCGUUAAUCUCUGUUUAAGCAGCAGAUUUAAAUGGGUGAAUAGCUGAGCAUUCUAGUAGUUGGAAUACUGAGGGAUAUAUAGCGGCAGAAACAGAAUAACUAAAGAAAUAAAUACAUUCCCCUUUUACUUUAGCAGAUUUCGUAAUAUACAAAAACCUAUUGGCUACUUUUUCAAUAUGGCUACGGUGUGCAUGCUAUUAUAGGAUACUCCUAAGCACUAAAAUAAGUUUAGUUUAAAGGACCACUAUAGUCACCCAGGUUUUAACCCUGCUGCUGUAAACAUAGCAGUUUCAUAGAAACUGCUAUGUUUACAUUGCAGGGUUAAUGCAGUCUCUAGUGGCUGUCUUCCUGACAGCCACUAGAGGUGCUUCCGUGACGCUCAAUGCGAAAAAUCACAUUGAGCACGCAGAACGUUCAUAGGAAAGCAUUGAGUAAUGCUUUCCUAUGGUCGGUUUGAAUGCGCACACAGCUCUGGCUGCGCAUUCGACUCCACUCGGGAGCUGACAUCGAAGGGGGGAGGAGAGGUCACCAGUGCCGAGGGAGCCUGGCACUUUAAGGCAAAUGGCUGAAGGGGUUUUAACCCCUUCAGCCCAGCGGGAGGGGGGCCCUGAGGGUGGGGGGAACUAAGGACCAUAUAGUACCAGGAAAACAAGUUUGUUUUCCUGGCACUGUAGUGGUCCUUUAAUGCAGCCAUUUUGGUGUAUAGAUAUUGCCCUUGCAGUGUCACUACUCUAUAGCACUGAGACUGUAGAGCCAUGAUUUAUACAUCAAACCACUCCAUUAAGCUAAAGUUGUUUUGGUACUUAGAGAGUCAGUCUAAGCAUCAUAAACACUUUGCAUUAUUGUAAAAACAUGGUUCUUAGAACACUCUAACUCACACUCUAAUUUCUGAUCAUUUAUUACAGUAUAUGAGAGCCUUUCUGUGGACUGUGCAUGUGCAGGCCACGACUGCUGAUUAAAACACAGCCUGGUUCACUAACUGGUUAACCAGGCUGUGUACAAACUGAUAGCAGCCACUAUGUGACUGCCAUGAGUUUGAGUAGGCCAAUAAUCCUGUGAUGAUGAUUGGAACGGAUCUUUAUAGGAUAAAGUAACUCCAGCUUGAUUGGAGCACCCUAUCAUGGUGGAGAGCAGCAGUACAGAAACGGGCACAUUAAAAGCUGAGUUUAAUUUAACUUUUUUUUUUUAAUGAAAAUAAAUUGUAUUGUACCUGGUAACAAAAAAACAAUAAUUUUUCGAUCUGUGCCCUUACCCAGUCUUCAUCGCAACACCCUCUUGUUUUCUUCAGCACCACGAGCAUCUGGGAUUCUCAGGCCAGGACUUCCAUCUUUGCGUCCACCCAUCCCCUUACAAUCACAUAAAUCACCCUCUAAAAUGAAGUCCAACCUCCCAGGUGAGCAACGAUAGGUAAAGUCUAAUGUGUUUACAAAAAAUGCUAGUUACACUGUAUACCCAACAAUAGAGUUAAUGAAGAAUGGCUAAAUGGAUAUUUAAGGCACACUCAAACACUAUAACAUGUGUUUUUUUUCUGAUGGUUAUGGUGCACAGAGCUACCUUGACCUGGAAUUCCUUUUCCUUGUUAUUUUUAUAAUUGCAGUGGUAUAUCAGAAUCAUUUCAGCAAUAACCUCUGGGGAGAGGCCUUUGAUUCCUCCUCCCUGUUACACUAUACUAAAAGAACAGAAUAAGCACUAUAUUAUCUUGGUUGCUAAGAGACAUGGGGUGAAGAAUUAAAGUCCUUCUUUUAAUUAAUUUUUUUAAAUGUACCUUUUUGUAAUAUUUUUAAAACUUGUUUAGAGUUUGAAAAAGUAUGGUUCGAAAUUAGUUACCUUUUGAAUAACAUGUCAAAAAAGACAAGAAACAGUUUUGCACACAGUUGAAUCCUUUAGUUUCCUCUACCUGAAGCUGUCAGGACAUAUAUGUGCUCAUCUACAGAGUCUUAAUUUAAAUUAUCAAGAGAGGUACUUCCUUUAAGAUGAGCAUUUCAGAAGAUGACAUGCCCACUUCAAGGGUACUGCAGAAAUGUAGCUGCUGAUGGCCUCUCUCCGCAAAGAACACUUGGGAACACUUUGCAGGCGAGUUGCUUUUAUUUAUUGCGCUAUAUAGUCUCAUUAAAAAAGAUUUACAUUUUUUUUAUUGUAGAUUCCCAUUACAAUAAAGCGUUAAAGGGAAAGAUUUGGAGAUUCAUACAUGUACUAUCCUGCUUUUUAGCGUUUCCGUUUAUUUUUAGAGUUAAAACAUCCUCCUGGCUUGCAGGAUCUCUAAGUGUCCAUAAUGUGUUUCAGGUUUACCAGUAAGGAAAUUUCAAAGGGAACUGCCAAAAUUUGCAUCUGCUGGGGCUCGAAAUAAUUCUCUUACGUCAAAAGUUGAAAACAGCUUGGCUCCAAGGACUGCUCCAAAAAAGAUGUUCGUGGCAUCCCUGAAACCAUGCAAUGAGCCCGUCAUCUCUGAAGUAACUGGAGCAGAGUCCACAAAUAUCAAGCAGGUCGAGAAAUCUGUUACAGAGUCCAGUGACAAACUGCAUGCAUCUAAUGCCCUGCAAGAAAAAACAAACACAAUGUCCGCUGCCUGCUCUGUCAUGGCGUCCUCUGUGCCAGGUGCUCUGAACAGUUUUAAUGUUUUUCUGUCUGCACAUGCAACAUGUUAAUAGUAUUUUUUAUUUUUAUUUUAUUUGAUUUCCUUUCUUUUUCCUUUUCGCAGGAGAUGCAUCUCUGCCUAUAUCCGAAGAUUGUUCCCAUUUUCAGGUAUGGAUAUAAAUUGUAACACCCUAAAACAGUGGUUUACUGUACUUAACAUUUUUCCCCAAUAUUUGUUUUUUUUAUUAGAAUUUUAACACCCUAUAUAAUUAAGUGCUAAAAUACUCUCUAGUUAUUUGCAGAACUACAUAAAUGUACAUAGCAUGGAUAAACUUGAGAAUUGGGGAAGAUUUUUUGUUUUGAUGUUGGAGAUGACUCAAAAUGGCUAGACUGCUCAGUAUGAUGGAAGUUCUAGUUCAGGAACAUAAGUAUGUAUGGCCACACACACACACCAGGUCUAUCCAUCUUACUGGCUUUCUAAUGUUCCUGAACUAGAACUUCCAUCAUACAUUAUAUGUCAAAAGGAGUUACUACAAUGGAGUAACCCGAUUUGAGGCCUAUCGAGCUUGAGCUGGGGUGAGACGGUCGCUCCCCCAGUUCUCCGACCGGCACCUUGCUGUCUCCCCUCAGUCCAGUCUAGUUAAAUCUUGACAUCUUUUGAUAAGCAUAUGUACAUAACGUAGUUCUACAUGCCAUUGUCUAGCAGUCUAUAAACUCAUGAUUUAUAUCUACAAAAUCCAUGUUUUCUCUAUGCAUUAUUCGUGUAUGCCACACUUAUCGUUAUAGUUCUCAGACUCGCACAACAAUCUGUGAUACACCUAUAUAGACCUAAGAGUAUGUCCAUGCAUUUUUCUUAAUCUUGAACCACUAAACUUUAAAAUGUGCAUGUUCUACUCAUACCAUACUUAUGUAAUACUUUUGUUCUUAUGACCACGCUUGUGAAUGCUGUUGUGGCAAUGCAAGCACUGCUGUACCACUCUGCACACUAAAAAUAAAAAAAAUGUUAAAGGACCACUAUAGUGCCACUGAGGAAAACAUACUCGUUUUCCUGGCACUAUAGUGCCCUGAGGGUGCCCCCACCCUCAGGGUCCCCCUCCCGCCCGGCUCUGGGGAAAGGAAAGAGGUUAAACUUACUUUUUUUUUCAGCGCCGGGCGGGGAGCUCUCCGCCUCUUCCCCUCCCCUUCGGCUGAAUGCGGACGCGCGGCAGGAGCUGCGCGCGAAUUCAGCCGGUCUCAAAGGAAAGCAUUUACAAUGCUUUCCUAUGGACGCUGGCGUCUUCUCUCUGUGAUUUUUCACAGUGAGAAGCACGCAAGCGCCUCUAGCGGCUAUCAAUAAGACAGCCACUAGAGGAUUUGGAGGCUGGAUUAACCCUAUUAUAAACAUAGCAGUUCCUCUGAAACUGCUAUGUUUAUUAAAAAAAAAAAAAAGGGUUAAUCCUAGAGGGACCUGGCACCCAGACCACUUCAUUAAGCUGAAGUGGUCUGGGUGUCUAGAGUGGUCGUUUAAAAAAUAAAUAAAAGAUACCGGGAUGCUUCUAAGUGCCAAAAUAUGCAAGGAACAUGAAAGAGCACUCCAAAUAAAUUUUUUUUUUUUGUUUGUUUUUUAAAUAUAUAUACACUUAUGUAAAAAAUCAUUUGGAGUUCUCUUUCAUUUGUGUGUGUAUGUGUAUUUAUUUAACACAAGUCAAUAGAAUGGCUGCUCUCCAGACUUAAAACUUCUACAUUUUAUUUAAGCAAUUAAAAGAACGACCAAAGUUUGUUUCUUUAGGAUGGAAAAAUACAAUGUAUGUAUUUUUAUUUAAGCUUGUAUAAUCUUUUCCUGUAUAAUCUUUAUGAAACAUACUGACUUUGUUGGAAUCUCAUUGAAAUGAGAUUAUUCACUAAACUCCAAAUUUCCACAUAUUAAAUCUAAAUAAAAAUGAGUCAAAAGUAGCUAAUCUGGAAAACAUCACCAAAUCAGCGAUCGUCAUUGUCUUAGCCUUUGGGUUUUUUUGUUCGUGUUUAAUUUGUUAGAAUUUGGAGUUUAGUGAAUAACAUUCACAUAUUUAUAAAAUCCCUCAAAAUGUCAGAGCUGCUUUCAUGACCAAGGUGAACAGGAGUUGUAUAAUGUUCUCUUCCCUAAAUCAAGGAUAUGUAUUUGACAAUUGACAAGCUUUGUUUAAAUUUUUUCUGUUCAGGCAUGCCAUUGCUGCAGCAUAAAAUACCAGCGCCUACUGCAGGAGUUGAAGGAGCUAAAAAGUUAUGUUGGUGAGAACCCUUCCUAGUGUUGAAAUUGCUCUCUGUUUGUGAUUGGCUAUUUAUGAAAUUUGCUUUUGUGGUUCAACUGAAUGCAAUCACUGCCUGAAACCGUCAAAUAUUAAGCAAUAGGCUAUUUUCUUCCAUUAAGGCCAUCCUGACCUUUUAUCUUGCAUUGUCUACAAAAUGAGACUGAUGGUUAUUUCACUAAAAUGUAAAUUGUCUAGGAAUUCCAAGUACAUUUACAGAUUUUAGACCAAAAUAGUGGAACUGAAAACAUAGCUGACUUAGAGAUUUUAUUUCCAAUUAUUGUGAUUUAUACCUUCACAUUAUUAUUUUUUUAGCGUCUUAACCUGUGAGUUGUGUAAUAAUAACAUCUAAAACCAACCUAGAUUGUGCAUGUAGUAGUGGGGGGAAAAGAGAGGAAAUGUCAGUGUAUCCUGUUUGAAAUAUUUAUUUUAAUUCAACGAGGAAUUCAAACCAGAAAUAUGCAUAUCAUCCACCUACAGUUGUGUUAUCGAGUGGAGGGUGCUUUCUGUAAAAUUGUCUAAAAACACUGAGAGGGUGUUUCAUAUUAGAUUUGCACUGCUGGUAGUUUUAAAUGUUAUUUUUUGGUCAGUGAGUUAUUGAUCAGUGGUACGAUCUAGUUGGUAUCCCAGUUUCUACAUUUAACAUUUUGAAGCAGGCCUGACUUCAACAUGCUGGGUCAGGACCACACUCUUCCUUUCCCUAGAACUGAGAGAAGCAACUUUUGUUAAAAAAGAAAAUAUGGACAUGUCCAGCUUUUUAAGGGAAAUAAAGCCAAAUGUAGGGAAGAAUUUACAACCAAACAUGCCAAUUUUAUAUGUCUUAAAUAGGCAUCCUGUACCACAUAACUAAAAAUGGGCAACUGUUAGAGAAAAUUAAUUUAUCUUAAUUCCUAUUUUUUUUUAAAGAACAUCCUGUUAUAACUUUAACAUAGAAAUAUGACAGAACAAAAUGGUUUUUAUUAUUGAGGGGUAUUUUAUUAUUUUUCUUUUUUUUUUUUUUAUUAUUAUAAUUUUGGCCACUAGAAAUUGCAGCAUCAGGACUCAAACCACUAGUAAACUUCCGAAUUUUAUGAACUAAUGCAGACAUAUAAAACGCAUUAGCAAUACUCAAAUUUAUUUUUACUUUUACUCUAUCUUUCCAUUUCAUUAUGACUUCUUGAUGACUAUGAAUAAAAUCUGGAAAGUGGUAGAGGAUGAGCCUGUUAAAAUGUGUGUUACAUCAUAUAGCAAUAGAUGGCAGUGCAGGAUAUCCAUCUACGGUUACUGGUCACCUCAUGUAACCAAAGUUAUUUUCAACAACUGACCUUUCCAAGAUGGCUGUCAAUUCUGUCAGAUAAUUUGCUUGCUUUGAUUAACCUCUGAUAAUCUGUGAGGAAGAAUGAGCCACCUAAACAGAGAUGCUGGCAUCUCUAAAAGUCUUCUCCCCUAGGAAAUAUAAAUUGUGUUAUGCUUGUUACAGAGAAUGAUUGGCAGGCCUAAAACUGAACGAACUAUACAUCGGUUGCAAUGGUCAGGAUAUGAGUGUCCUGUUUGAUAUUCUGAAUAGUGAUGUCAGGAUUGGAAUGUUGAACUAAAAGUGUACUCUAAAAUAGGUGGGAAGACAGAUUAACUUGUUGAUAAUAUUUUCUGACAAAGGUGUCCUGGAUUUAUACCACAAGGGAAUCAAUGAUGGCAUUAAAGGAACAUUCCACACUUAAAAUUUCAAAAUAAAACAAGUUAGUAAAUAUUCCCCCAAUGAAUACAUACAUGUAUUCACUGGGGCUAUAGUCUUAAAGAGCUUGCAAAGGCUGAAGUUCUUAUGACUGCAGCCUUUGUAAGCUGUCCCUUCUUGGAGAACUAUCCAAUCAGAGGUUUCUUAUAGAGAAGCCUCUGUUUCUGUCCCGGCUGUGUGCACAAUCCAGUGAUUGCACACUUUUUUUUUUUUUUAUUACAUGCUGCUUUACAAGAAAAGAAAGAUGGGGAAAAAAAUUGACCAGGGUUAAACCAGAAUUCUUUUGGGCAAUUCUGGAAGGCUGGUGCACUAAAUAGAAUGCGCCUGCUACUUCCGUUAGCGAAUCCAAGCUUACAGAAGUAGGAAGUGAAUCUCCAUAGCUAAUUGACAGCUGGGGAGGUGAUUCUAUUUUUGAUAAUAAAAGUGCUAAUUUUCAUCACUGAAACGAUUUGUGCAGGGUUAUAGAAGCCGUACGUUUUCAUACAAAGUUUUUAAGAAUGCCGUGAAUACUUGGCUGUAAAGCUCAACUCUUCCCACAAGCUGCUACUGCUGCUGUGAAGCCUCUUGUGAUACGACUAGACGAGUCUGUCUGUCUUAAGCACACCAUAUAUAUAUGAUGUGUAUAUUUUGAUUCUACAAUGUCAGACUUGGAAAUUAAAUUUAUCAUUGGUUGUUGAAAAGGAUUUCCAUUGAAUGACUUUAUUCAGACAAAGUGGCACAAUAGCGUAAAGGGGCACCCAGACCACUUCAGCUAAUUGAAGUCCCAUUUGCACUUAAUGCUGCAAUUCUGUAGAAACUGCAAUGUUUAUAUUGCAGCUCUGUCUGCUCUCAGUGGCUGUCUACCAGACAGCCACUAGAGGGCUUCCUGAAUUAAAACUGACCUUUUCCCCAUAGGAAAGCAUUGAGGGACAUCGGCGCUGGGAUAAAGUAAGUAAAGGUUUUUGUUUUUUAACCCUUUAUUUACCGGGAUAGGGGGACCCGAGGGAGGGGGAAUAGCAUGCUGCACAGAUUGGUUUACAUGACCUGCUAGGGACUAUAUUCACAGGAGUUAUUUCAAGGUUAAAAUUGUAUUUUCUGUCGUUCCGAAUUGUGAUAAAUGUAAUAAUUUUUUUUUUUCAUCUUCUAGAAAAAGUACCACAUCCUGAAGCUGCACUUCUGCCUAAAUCUUAUACAGAGGGCUCUGAAGAGAACAGACCAUCAUAGUUUAGAGCUGGCAAUGAUAACUUGAAUACCUAUUGUAUGUUAUCAUUAUUAGUAGUAUUAUUAUUUAACUGCCACUUUGCCUUAAUCUUGUAGAUCAUUAAUCUAUGCGUGCUAUUCUUUCACACACUUCUCAGGUACUGUGACCCAAGAUUGGCAAAACUCAUCUAUCCUACACCAUAUAUACAAUGCAAAUCCAAUGCAGUAUAGAGUAAUCUGCACAAACCUUGCUAUUUUUAUAACUCUGUGUGUGUGUGUAAUCUCAGGUGUAUCAAACUGUAGUCCUCAAGCUGUUAAACAACAGUCAUCAUAACUUUCUGUUGGCCUACAGCUAUGGCAGAGAAUUAUGGGAGUUGUGGUUCACCAUCAGCAGAAGGGGUCUGUGCAAUUCUGAUAUAUAUGCUAUUAUAUGUAUGUUAUCAUUGUAUUAUAUGUGUGAAUAAUAAACACUUGCAUUUUUUUCCCUAUGUAAA